AUGGACGAAGGAGAGAACGGAGAGGUUCGCUGAAAAUUGAGGCCGUUUCUAAACAGCUUUUUUGAUGAAUGGAAUUUUUACAGCGAGUAAAAGCAUCCGAAAAAACGAUCAGAAAGGCAGCGAGCAAUACUUCCGUGUAUGUUACAGUCUUAUUGACACAAGAAAUCAUGGAGUGUUACGAUUUGGAGAAAAUGUCUUUUUAAAAUUUUUGCGGAUUCUUUGUUGGAAAUCGAACCGGUCUUGCCAGUUUUGUUUUAUUUCUUGAAAAGUUAAGCAGACUUUUUUUCUAUAUCGUUCCUGGGUGAGUUUUUACUAAGGAAAAUUUGAAAAAAAAUGGUAUGAUCAGUCAGUCUUACAAGUUUUUAUUAGAACUCUGAAAGUAAAAGAACUCAAAAUCAACUUAAUUUUUUUCGAAAUUUAAAUGUUUCGCAUUUUUCGGAAAUUCGUGAAGUUUCAUCUCUCGAUAUUGCUGUGAGUCCUCGGCUUUGGCCAUGCCGAGACUCCAUCGGUAGUUUCGAUGUGGUCCGAAUAUAGACUGAUCAUAUUAGAAUAAAUUCAUUAGUCGAUUAGAAAGUAUUAUAUAAUCAAAAUAGGAAUCGAGGGAUUGACCUCAGGCCGGGAGGAUUUCGACCCAGCUGAAGAUCGUCCCUGCCUUUUAUAGGUAGGAGGCGGUCUUCGCCUGCGUCUCUGGCCUCUGCCAGGGGCAUUACUUUACAUUGCGUUGAGUUUAUGAAUUCACAAUAGUUUCGAAUGAAGUUAUCUUUUCUAAAGUCUUUUUACAGUACAUAGCGUAUUUCUGUUUAGAAGGGGCGAAAAGGCGGUCAAAGAAAAAAAAGAAGCAAAGAAGAGAACGCCGAUUUCUAAAAGUCGUACGAGCGUGAGGAAAGUUACAGAAGAGUUAAAAUAGAUUUUUGUUAUUUUUUUAUUAUAUCAGAAAUUUUUAGUGUAGUACCUGCUCAGGAGCCUGUUAUUGAAAUUCCUCUCGAGUUGGUCUGAUUUUCAAGUUUGGUCAUGUUUUAUUAAUUUCAGAAAAAUCGCGAGUCAUGAAGACGUAGGGUCAGUUUUUUUUUUCAUGUUCUUUAAUUUCCUGAAGAUUUUUGAAAAUAAAAUAUGAAAUUUUAUCCAGAAAUGAGAAGGUACAGCGGGAACGUAACGAAAAGGCCGUGGAGCCGGUCGUGUCGCCAGGAAAUAACGAAGAGAUUUUUGCGGUCAGUUGAGUCGAAUCGCAACAUAAAGAACGUACCGUUUCCUUCACGAAACUAACUUUAUAAGAAACUCAGUUCGAACCUGCAGUGGAUAAUUGAAUUAGAUUUUUUUGAGACGCGGCAGCGAAACUAGAAUCUGCUCUCCUUUAUUCCUGGAAGAGAGCUGAAGAGCUUCAUUUUUUGAAAGAAACACAAAUUGUAUUCUGAGGGAGAGUUUUCAGUCGACGGAAGCGAUGAAAUGUAGGACGCCGCCGGAAGAACGGGACGUCGAAGUCGGCAACUUUGAUAAGAAAGUUGGUUGCAGCCGGAUUCUGUCCCGAAAGUUAGAUUUAAGUUGGAAGAUUUGAUGUUGGGACUUAAGGCCAAGAAGUCGAGGGAAAAGAUCGACAGUAAGAGAAAGGCGAGAAACGUUCCCCUUUGUUCAAGAUCAGCUAUUUUUCCUUAGGAUGCUUCUCUACACCUCACUGCGUCAAAUAUAGAGGAUCCAAAGAUGAAGAAGAGGAAGAAAAAAGGAUCUUCGAAAAGAGGCGGCCACGCUGAAGAAGAUAACGUCAAUGUAAUUGGCUUGAAUCAAUAUUUUAUAAAACUUAAAGCAGGAAUAUCUGUGGUGACAAAAGAAUUGGUUUUUCAGAGCGGUGAAUCAUUAGGAAAAGACUUCAAUUCUGUGUCGUUUAGAGUUUAUUUUUCAUUUUUUUGAGUUCGAAAAAAAAUUCGCGAAAGGUUUUAUUUUUUUGCAAAUUUUCAAAAUUUAAUCAAGCUUUUCCAAAAAUCGCGAAUUUUUCUGCGUUCAUUUAGACCUCUGAAUAAAAAAAAUAGAAACUGAAUAGCAGCUCUUUUAAUGAAAAUUUGAAGCAAAUCAUAUGUGAGGUAAUGAGUAGCUUUCUGUAAAAUGUCUUUCAUUCGAAGAGAAACGCUUUUUUGAUCAUUGCCGAGGUGAUAAUUUCUAGGAUGUCCCGACUUUCGCCAAAAAGGGGAAAGCAAAGCCGAAGUCAGAUCCAGGCAACGCGGUGGGAGUUGUAGUGGGCGACGAGGAGUUUGGAGCAGAGGAGAAGAAAUCGGUCAGUCUAAUCCCAUUCAUUUUUUUGGAGGUGAAAAAUUAUUAUACUUUUCCGAAAAAAAACUGAAAAAAGUUUCCCGAGAAAUGUCUUCCGAACGACAUUUUUGACGAGUAAAGCCAAAGAUCCUGUUUCUUGUUCCAGUUAUUUUCAUUAAAAUCUGAACAUGUCUUUAUUUCUUUCUUCCUUGUUUGGCUGUUUCGAGGCGCACAAGUCUUGACCUGAAAUGACACUGAAUUACCUUUAAAUGUUUCUAAAAAUAAUUCCAUUCUUUCCGAAAAACCAUUCUCAAGGUUUUUGAGUUGACUUUGUUUGCCAACUUUCAGGGUUUUGGAAAAAAGUCAAAGAUCAAAAACGAUCUUGGCAACACGACAGCCGCCGUCGUCGUGGAGGAUGAAGUUCCGACCGAGAAAAGAUCGGUUCGUUCGACUUCGACAUGCUUCGAAUUCAUGUUUCUCAGAAAUUUGAACAAAAGACAAAAACCGGAAGAGAAAAGACGCCGAAAAAAGUUGAAAAGAACGCGAAGCCGACCUUUUCCUGCGAGAAAGAAGACCCCAAGGUUUCGACCUUCACGGAUUUUAAUUCCAAAAUGUUUUAUCUUGAAGAAAGGAAAAAAGCCAACCCAGAAACCGUCUUUGACGCAUGCUGCCACAGUUGCAGCAUCUCCGGUAUCGAAAGCGAAGGGGGCGCAAAAGGUCAAUCAGUCGGUAAAACCGACAUUCUUGUGAGAUACUUAAAUGACAUGAGCUGUAAAAUUUCCUUGAAAAUGAAAAAAUCAGUGCGCUAGCAUGUAAAAGACGAUAGUUUCACACUUUCACCGUAACUGCCGCAUUUUUCGAUUAGUAAGCAUCGCAACGAGAUUAUUCCUUUGAGGAUAUCCUCAAAUAAACUAUAAAAAGUUGGGUCUCGUAAGGAACUACAGUCGGUUUUUCACACUUCAAACAAAAUCUAAUACGACUGCAAUUUUUUUUCAGGUAAAUGAGCAUUCUGAAGUCGAUCAUAAAUCGAUAGAUUGAUUCAUUGAUUUUCCAGAAAGCUCAGAAAGAUGCGAAAAAAAUGGUUGAUGAUAGAAUACCGUCGCGGAACGACCCUCUUAAGCAGGAAGUCUGUUUUCUCUUCAAUUUUCAAAAAAAAAACCUUAACAAUCCGUGUCUCCAUAUCACCUAGGGAAACAAAAAACCCGAAAAUUAAAAACACGAAGAUUUAUUCGUGAUUUGCAGCGAUAACCUCCCAAUGAGUAAAAUAUCCUAUUACCAAGGGAGAAAAUUCAUAAAAAAUUUUUUCAGAAAAGCAUCCGUUUAAAAGGGCAAGAGAAGGUUUUUUUUCUGGAUUGAGAAAUUCGAAAAAAAUUAUAUAAAUUCAGGAAAAACCUGUAUCUGUCGCUGUGCCGCCGAACAAGACCGGCAAAAAGAAGGUUCUUUUAACUUGAAAAGAAACCUGUUCAUUGAAAGAAAUGGACUUUACCUUACGAAUAUCGUUUUAAUUCUUUUUGAAGACUUUUAUAUGAGCGUAUUUCGAAAAAAAAGUUUUGCAGCCAAAAUUGCCUUCUACGAAAGCAAAAAAAGGUAAAAGUUCUAUGAAUUCGAAUAUCCGCAGGACUUAUUUUCCAGAAGGAUUUGUUGCAAGUCUGUUCAAUAGGGCGAAAAGAUCUUUUGACAUGACCAAGGUAUUUCUCUGAAGUAGAGUAAUUUUGAUAGUUUUAUAUUUUAUUUAGUUACGGAAAGGCGACGACACCUUCAUUGCGUGAGUUUAGCCUUUGUAAUAAGAAAAGUGUUUUCGUUGUUUCGAGAACUCAGAAAAUUGGUAACCUGGAAAAAACCAUUUUGAGCCAAAGAGUUCAUGAAAAAGCGAAAAACGAGGCACAUUCCCAGUCAGUAGCGAAUUUUGAAGUCUCGACGACGGAAAGAACGACAUCUGUCCCGACUAUGACAACGAACAAGACGCGCCGGCAGAGUCAAACGACACGGAGAACUACGAGAACGACGGCAAACUCUUCGUCAAGGUUCCCCGACUCCGGAGAACUCCUGUUCCGACAAAAGUCUAGGGUCGGCCUUUCUGGGCGUUGAAAGACGAGAAACCGCCGACGAUCGCUUUCUACGUCUAUUCAGAGCUCAUCACAGAAGUCUACCUUGGCAAGUGGCCAAUCUCUCCCAAGGAACCUCUUCCGUAGGACUUUUCUUUUUUUGCUGCCAGAACUAUACGGCGAUCGGCGUUUAUCUUUUCCGAUCUACGAAGAAACUGAUUUUUAUUUGAAAGCUGUUUUGAGGAAAAAAAUUAUCAAAAAAAGGUUGCUAAUAGAAAAAUUCCUAUUUUAGGAAAAAUUACGCUCAGAACGUACGAUUCAAAAAAGCAUUUUUCGAGAAGACUGAUUUUUUUUAUUGAGUGAAUCGUUUUGUAAGAUUUUAGUACAGAGGUUUAAAAUGCACCUACAUGCAUAGUUUUUUCGAAAUGACAAAAACCAUCCUCCGAACUGACUACCUAGUUUUUGUGAGAUUUUGUAAAUGAUCUGACCACUUCUUUUUUUUUUGGAAGUAGGGCACUUUCUUGCGCAACUCUGUGUGUGCGCGAUGAUAGCCAGCAAAAAUCGUCGAAUCAGGCUCUUCGACGUCUACGGAGACGUGUCGGCCAUGCGACAACGCGAUGAAAACUUCUUCUACAAACGGAAUCGAGUAAUCGAAAUCUUGAAAGCGAUUCUUCCAAAUCUGAAUUUUAGCUGAUCAGCAACACGGUUCGCUCGCUUCUGGGCAUGAUGGACGCCAAGGCCGUAAUAAUGCAGCAAAAAACUCCCGAUGCUACGGACAGCGUAAAUGAGUCUUGAAUGUUCAAAUUAGGUCAUAUCAUGUGGUUAUUUAAAAAAGAUCCGGAAAGCAUACCUUUUCAAUACGGUCUUAUAAAUUUUUUUUUUUCAUCAAACGCGAAAUUUCACAUGCCAAACCAAAAAUGUAAAAAUGAAACUUUUCUUCGCAGAUGGCAUCAACGGCGCGUAAACCGAUGUCGUUCAUAAAACCGCAAAAGACGAUUAUCUACGACAAGUGAGAAAAUAUCCAUUUUGGCUUUUGAAUUAGUUUCGCUAUUCAGAAAACAGCCCUACGGUGAGAAGAAGACGGUUCCUUUCACGCCUAACUUGAAGAAAAAGAAAGCGAGUUCUUAGAAACACAUAGUAAUAAUAAAAACUUUUUUUCAGGAUAUAAACGGAAAGUCUGCCGCGACCUACAUCUAA